AUGGUGGCACACAAACACGGUGGUUGUUGUGGUGGCCACAGCCACACGCACGAAGUCCCUCUUCCCGCCGCUCCUGUCGACAACAGCCCUCCUCACGCUGUUAACAGUGAAUUGGACGUGUCUAAGGAUGGCGGUGUGAUCAAAAAAGUGUUAAUACAGGGCACGGGCGACCGGCCCCCUCGGGGCAACGAAGUGGAGGUGCACUACGUCGGCACGUUGGAAGACGGCACGCAAUUUGACUCUUCGAGAGACAGAGACCAGCCCUUUCGCUUCGUUUUGGGGGAGGGGCAGGUUAUCAAGGGCUGGGAUCUCGGAGUUGCUACGAUGAGCGUUGGAGAGAAAUCUCUACUCACAAUUCAGUCCAACUACGGAUAUGGAGAGGCUGGGGCUGGAGGCUCCAUUCCACCUAAUGCAACCCUCAAAUUUGAGGUCGAGCUAUUGAGCUUCCGUCCGAAGCCAAAGGCACGCUGGGCCAUGUCUGUAGAGGAGAAGAUCCAGGCGGCUCUUGACGAGAAGGAGAAGGGAAACGAAGCAUUCAAGAGGAAGAAUCUUGCCGAAGCUACUGCAGCCUACAGGGAGGGACUCUGCUUUCUGGAGCAUUCGGAUCAGUGGAGUGAAGAACAACAAAUUCAAAAGUGCUCCGUCGAAGUCUCGUUGAGACUAAACCUUUCCAAUUGCUUUUUUAAAACUGGCGAGUUUGCCCAAGCCAUCGAUGAGGCCACAGCAGCCCUCAAGCUCGACGAGAAAAACAGCAAGGCAUGGUACCGCAGGGGUGUGGCCCGAGCUGCCUUUGGCUUGCUGGAUGAAGCGCGAACUGACUUAGCCUCUGCUGCGAGGAUCGACCCCAAGAACGUCGAAAUCAGGAACGAGCUAAAAAAGUGCAAGGAGAAGCUGGAGGAAGUUCGCAAGAAGGAGAAGACCACGUUUGGCGCUAUCUUCACCAAAGUCGCCCUCUAUGACGAGAAAGCUGGAGUGCGCAACCUUGAUCGCUGCCCUCGCGUUUUUAUGGACAUCCGCGUCGGUGAUAAACCUGUGAAGAGAGUUGCAAUUGCGCUCUACCAAGACACUGUGCCACGCACAGCUGAGAAUUUUAGAGCCUUAUGCGUUGGUGAGGCCGAGAAGGGUGCAGAUGGUUCGGCGUUGACCUUCAAGAACAGUGCAUUCCAUCUCAUUAUUAAAGGGCUGAUGAUGCAGGGAGGAGAUAUCAAUGGAAAGGGAGGGGAGAGCAUAUAUGGCGAAAAAUUCAAUGAUGAAGCGUUCGUGGAUAAACAUCUACACCGGGGACAGCUCUCCAUGGCUAACACGGGCCCCAACACGAACAGCUCACAGUUCUUUAUCAUUUUCGGUUCUGCGCCGCAUCUAGAUGGGAAGCACGUGGUGUUUGGUGAGAUUGUCGAGGGAUUAGAGCUGCUAGAUCAAGUCGAAGAGGUGCCCACUGACGGAGCGGACAAACCCGAGGUGCCUGUUGUCAUUGAGGACUGUGGGGCUCUUUGA